UAACUAUUUAUUUUAAAUAGUAAAAGGGCGACUAAGACAACAGAAGGAAGGCAGAGGGAGGACGCGGUUCCUCCUGUAACCAGAGAUAAGAAGUAAGUUUGAUGCCAUUUCUUUUUCGUCAACCCCAGAUCGACCCUGUGUUCUUCUUCAAAAUUCAUCCCAAAAGAUUAUAACUUGAAGCAGAAUUCGAAUUCGGAAGAGGUUGUGGUAAAGGAGAAAGACAAUGGAGGAAGCAAUUGCAGCAAGAUACUGGUGUUAUAGGUGCUCGCAAAUGGUGAAUCCCACUAUGGAAGUUGAGAUCAAAUGCCCAUUUUGUCAAAGUGGAUUUGUUGAAGAACUGGGCAGUGGCACAAGAGACAGUCCUGACACUGAUUCCGAUAUUGGUUCUGAACGAGCCUUCUCUCUGUGGGGACCCAUCUUGCUUGGUAUGAUCGGUAAUCGCCGCCGCAGAAGACUCAGACGCAUUGAAUUUGAUAAUGAUGAUGAUGAUGAUGAGAAUGAGAAUGAUGAUGGUGAGGCUCGCCAUGGGAGAGACACUCAAUUGGACAGGGGAUUGGAAUCCAUCUUAAGGAGGAGGAGAAGUUAUACCACAAUCCUGCAGGUGGUUCAAGGUAUUCAGACUGGAAUUGCAUCUGAAUCUGAGAAUUCUGAGAAUGAUAGGGAUAGGCAUAGAGAUAGGGAAAGAGAGCGUGUUAUUUUGAUCAAUCCUCUCAAUCAAACCAUACUUGUUCAGGGUUCUUUUGGUUCCAGCGAAGGUGGUCAAAACCAGAGCACAAGCCCCAUUGGAUCCUUAAGUGAUUAUUUCAUCGGUCCUAAUCUGGAUUUGCUGUUGCAGCAUUUGGCAGAAAAUGAUCCAAACAGAUAUGGUACGCCACCAGCACAGAAGGAGGCAAUAGAAGCAUUGCCCAGUGUGAACAUUGAGGAGAAUAUUCAGUGUUCAGUAUGUUUGGAUGAUUUUGAGAUUGGCACUGAAGCAAAGGAAAUGCCAUGUAAACAUAAGUUUCACUGUGGCUGUAUAUUGCCAUGGCUGGAGCUUCAUAGUUCUUGUCCAGUUUGUAGGUAUCAGUUGCCUGCUGAUGAAUCAAAACUUGACUCCGAAAGGCCUAGGAAUAGCACCAACCAAAGAGAAAGUGAAAAUAAUGCCCAUGUUAGUGGUGAGGAGAGUGAGGGGGAUGGGAGAAGUAGGAGUGGGAGAAGGUUUUCGUUCCUAUGGCCUUUCAAUGGUUUUUUCUCCUCAAGUGGAAGCAACUCAACCUCAACUUCUUCAGGCUCGCCAUCUGGAAGUCCUUCUCAAGCAAAUGAGAACUGAAUACAUUUUCAUAAGUUGUUGUAUUAGUACCCUGCUAUUUUUAUUGCCUGAUUGUUCUUUUCUGCUUCUUAUGUAUAUAGUAUCUUACUCAGCGUAUCGAAGUCUUGGAAGAACACAUUAUCCUUAUAUAUGUCUAUGUUUUUUAAUAAUCAUUUGUGGCCUUU